AUGUCGGCAAGGCACUACAUCGGACUCCACUACAGCCUCCACAACCUCUACGGACUGUCAGAGACGAGUGCCACCAAUGCAGCCCUGCAGGGUGUGGGAGCCAGGCGGCCGUUCAUCACUUCCCUCUCGUCCUUCCCCGGCCAGGGCCACUAUGUGGGCCACUGGACGGACCACUACGGGGCCCACUGGACGGACCACUACGGGGGCCACUGGACAGACCACUACGGGGGCCACUGGACAGACCACUACAGGGGCCACUGGACGGACCACUACGGGGGCCACUGGACGGACCACUACAGGGGCCACUGGACGGACCACUACGGGGGCCACUGGACGGACCACUACGGGGGCCACUGGACGGACCACUACGGGGGCCACUGGACGGACCACUACGGGGGCCACUGGACGGACCACUACGGGGGCCACUGGACGGACCACUACGGGGGCCACUGGACGGACCACUACGGGGGCCACUGGACAGACCACUAUGGGGGCCACUGGACGGACCACUACGGGGGCCACUGGACGGACCACUAUGGGGGCCACUGGACGGGCCACGUGUGCUCCCACUGCUUCAACAUGUGGCACUCCACCGCAGAUCCCUCCAGUAGGCUGAGAAGAAGCUCCAGAGCCUGGCCCCGGAGAUGGAGGGGCAGCGGCGGGCUAGGAAGCCCUCCGGCUCUGAGACGUGUGGCGCCACAACCAACAACUCCACGUGCAGGGCGGGCUUAGAGAAAGGCUUUACACAGACCCUAGAUAAUG